UAUAUUCAAAUUAUAUCGCUCAUUUUGAAAUACCUCUCCAUCAAAAACAAGUAAAAAAAUUAGCAAUAAUUGGUGCGGGAGCUGGUGGUUCUUCAGCUUCUUAUUGGUUGAAAGAAGCAUUUACCAAUUCUAGUUUAAAUGUUAAUACAACAGUCUAUGAACAAUCAUCAAUAGUCGGUGGACGUGCUAAAACCAUUAAAUUUGAAUAUAAUGGAGAAAAGUUCAAUAUUGAAUUGGGUGCAACAUUAUUUAUUGAUGAUAAUUAUAAUAUGUUUAAUUCAGCAAAAAAAUUUGGAUUGGAAUUUAUUAAGCCUGAUGAAGAAGUACCUGAUGCAAGAUUCGGAAUAUGGACUGGUGAAAAAUUUAUAUUUGAAGAAUCAUCUAAUUCUUAUUGGAACUUGAUAAAAAUAAUAUGGAAAUAUGGAAUUGCUCCAUUUAAAGUUAAAAAUUUAGUUAAAGAAACCAUAAAAGCAUUUUUAGGAAUUUAUGAAUUUGAAAAACCAUUUACAAGUAUUGAAUCUGCAGCAAAGCGUCUAAAUAUUCAUUCACUACAAGCACUUACGGGUGAUUAUUAUUUUUCUGAAGUCAAAAAAAUAAAUAAAAAUUACAUUUACGAUUUUAUUGAACCAGCUGUACGUGCCAAUUAUGGACAAAAUAUAAGUGAUAUUCAUGCAAUGGGAACCUUUAUUAGUUUGGCACCUCAAGGAGCAAAAGGAAUUAAAGGAGGAAAUUUUCUAUUAUUUGAAAAAUUCAUUGAAAAUUCAGGAGCAAAUCUCCAAUUAAAUUCCAAAGUUAUAAAAAUAAAAAAAUUACCAGAAAAAUCAUCAAUUGAUACUAUAAAUAGCUCAAAAUAUUUAGUUUAUACUAAAAGUGGAACUAUUGAAGAAUACGAUGGAAUUAUUUUAGCAACCCCGAUUUCGUUUGAUGAUCUGCCAUUACAAAUUUUAACGACGAAUGGUCCAAAGGUGGAUUUUUUAGUUCUUGGAACAAGAAAAAGAUUGGAUAACGGAGAAACAGUUAAUAAAUUUUUUACCAGAAAUCAUUUAUCUGAUGAAGUUUUAAAUAAAAUAUAUUUGAACAAAUCUUGGAUUUAUCGAAAAGUUUGGAAAUCUUAUCCAAAAUUAUUGCCAAAUCAAACAUUCCCGCCUUUGGAAAUUGACGAAAAUUUCUUUUACGUUAAUAGUUUCGAGCCAUUUAUUUCUAACCGUCAACCAAGCAUUAAAUUGGUAAAAAAAAACGCCGCAUUAACUUAUUAUUGGGAUGUGUUUGAAUCAGAUUAUCCUGGAUCUAAAACAGUUGAACUCAAAACUUGCGACAACCACAAAAGGAUUGCUAUUGAAGGUUCGGGUAUUUUAAGUGAUGGAAGGGUCGUAAAUCUUGGCAGUUCUAAUAAAUGUUUUGAAGUUAUCAACAAUAAGAAAUUUCCUUUUGGAGCUGGAGAAACUGGUAAUCCACUUGAGCCAUUUAUAACACUUGCUGCUAAUGAUUUAAAACCUGGUACUAAGAUAUAUCUUAAAGAAUUUGAUGGCUUACACUUACCAGUCAACAAUAAAACUCAUAACGGAUGUUUUAAAGUCGGAGAUACUGGUUUUAGUUUUGGUAACAAUCAUAUAGACGUUUUUGUUCUCAAAGAAAAAUUUUACAGAAAAAUUGAUGCAAAAAUCAAUCGAGAAAGGAUUGACGUAGUUACUAAAGAUU